GCGGGGGGCGGGGCGCAGCUCUGAGGGAAGCCCGCGCCCGCGCCCGAGCCGGGACUACAUUUCCCGAGGGGCCUCGGCGGCGGCGGCGGCGGCGGGCGCGGCAACGUCCCCCGGAAGUGGAGCCCGGGACUUCCACUCGUGCGUGAGGCGAGCGGAGCCGGAGAGCAGAGCCGAAGCCGAACUCGGUGCUGACAAGAUGGCCGGGCUGCCCCGCAGGAUCAUCAAGGAAACCCAGCGUUUGCUGGCAGAACCAGUUCCUGGCAUUAAAGCAGAACCAGAUGAGAGCAACGCCCGUUAUUUUCAUGUGGUCAUUGCUGGCCCCCAGGAUUCCCCCUUUGAGGGAGGGACUUUUAAACUUGAACUAUUCCUUCCAGAAGAAUACCCAAUGGCAGCCCCUAAAGUACGUUUUAUGACCAAAAUUUAUCAUCCUAAUGUAGACAAGUUGGGAAGAAUAUGUUUAGAUAUUUUGAAAGAUAAGUGGUCCCCAGCUCUGCAGAUCCGCACAGUUCUGCUAUCGAUCCAGGCUUUGUUAAGUGCUCCCAAUCCAGAUGAUCCAUUAGCAAAUGAUGUAGCGGAGCAGUGGAAGACCAACGAAGCCCAAGCCAUAGAAACAGCUAGAGCAUGGACUAGGCUAUAUGCCAUGAAUAAUAUUUAAAUCGAUCUGAUCAUCAAGUGUGCAUCACUUCUCCUGUUCUGCCAAGACUUCUUCCUUUUUUGUUUGCAUUUAAUGGACACAGUCUUAGAAACAUUACAGAAUAAAAGCCCAGACAUCUUCAGUCCUUUGGUGAUUAAAUGCACAUUAGCAAAUCUAUGUCUUGUCCUGAUUCACUGUUGUAAAAGCAUGAGCAGAGGCUAGAAGUAUCAUCGGGAUUGUUGUGAAACGUUUAAAAGCAGUGACCCUCACUGCUUUUAUUCAUUUCCCCCAUCAUGGUUUAAGUAUAAAGCACUGUGAAUGAAGGUAGUUGUCAGGGUUAGCUGCAGGGGUGUGGGUGUUUUUCUUUAUUUUAUUUUUUUUUUUGAGGGGGGGGAAGGUAGUUUUAUAUUUUAUGGCUCCUUUCCCCCUUAUUAUGGUGAUCUAAUUGCAUUGGUUAAAAGCAGCUAACCAGUUCUUUAGAAUAUACUCUCUAGCCAAGUCUAACUUUAUUUAGACGCUGUAGAUGGACAAGCUUGAUUGUUUGAACCAAAAUGGGAACAUUAAACAAACAUCACAGCCCUCACUAAUAAGAUUGUGACUUUGCUGUCAAGUGUAGAAUCCUCCCUUCAAGAAAAAGCUUGUGACCAUUUUGUAUGGCUUGUCUGGAAACUUCUGUAAAUCUUAUGUUUUAGUAAAAUAUUUUUUGUUAUUCUACUUUGCCUUUGUAGAGUUUAUUUUACUGUGUUUAUUUCAUCUUCCCAGUGUGACAAUCGUAUUUAAAAAAAUUAAAGCUGAUGGACCAUUCUGAAAUUGAAUGGCAAGAGAUGGAUUUUUCCCCCACCGAUGCAAAUUUGUGUCACAAUAUCACUGAAUGGAGUAUUUAUAAGCUGCCCCUGAGCAUGCAUAAUGCAUCAGUAUCUGACUUCUUUUUUCAACCCCCUAGAAAUUUGAAUUAAAUGUUUUUGUGUUAUCUAAUUUAGGUGACCUUUGGUGUCUUACCACAGUGCUUGAAAAUUACAGGAGAAUCACAACAAAGCAGCAGUUGUGACUGAGUUUCACCAUGUGUUUUGCCAUGUUUGUGUCUGGCGUUUGGGUUACAAUCUUUCCCUUAGUUCUUGUCUGAAAACUUUGUGUAGAACCAACCUCUGGUGUGUAUUUUUAGGAAACAUCAUUCUGAUCAUCACUUGGCGAUUUGCUGAGCUAUUUGAGUCUUCCUUAUAUACCUGACGAGCAGAUCUCAAGCAACCAGCUGGCACUUAAGUGUCAUCACCAGAAGGGUUCCGAUGCCAGCACGACUCCUGCAGUCAAUGAAUCUUGGCAUUCAUCCCUCUAGUAUUUGUGAUGGGAGCUCCUUUUAUUUUGAUACCUGGUAAAUUGUAUCUGCAUUGAUAGAAUCUCUGCCCUCCAGAUUUUUUUAACUGUUAUUUCUCAUCACUCUUAAUUCCUAAUUUUUGUCAUUUUAAAGUCAUCACUGUAGCCAGUAUGUAUAAUUGUGAACUGCAGGUUGGAGUCGUUUCUCUUGCAGUUGAAGGUAAUGGAUAUUAUGGUCCAUCUGAAUUUUCCCCACUCUUAUUCACGUAACUUCUGGAGUUUCUUCAGAAUGUGGUGUAUUUUAUUGUGUUCCUAUGUAAGAUGAAUUAUCUAUUAAAAUUACAUUUUCAACAUACAGGAGUUUUUAAUGACUGGUAACUGGUUCCCCGCCAAAUAUGCAUUGCUUGGAAACAAGUGUUAGUAUAAUUCAGUUGUCCUUUAUAACUUACAAGGUAUUUUGCAGCCAAGGAAACAAUCUGAUUCUUGUCAGGGACCCAAAUCAAUGAAAAUUCAAGUCGUUGAAUAGAGACAAGCUUUUAUUUUCUUCUAGGUGCCACUAUUUCUGAUGAUUGUAUGAUAAUGGUGUACGGCUUAUAAAUUUCCAGACAAAUCUGUUGCACCACUAAAAUCUCAAAUAGGACUGUGGUAUCUAUUGAGUUUGUGAAUCACAAAAGUGUAGAAAUGAACUGAGUUAAUGUUAUUUCGAAUGGAUUUGUAAUUUCCAGGCAUGAUUUUUCUCCCCUUUGCUUUGAUGAGUCCCCAUUGUUCUUUUUUUUUUUCUUUCCCUCAUUUUGUGGGAUGAAAGAGCCAAUAUCUUGACUGGUUACUUCUCAGGGAAGAGAUCGGAGCAGCUGGCAGCAGCACCAGGCUUUUGGGCCUGCGUCCCUUGUUGCACCCAGUGUGAUUGAUCAAAACGUACUCAUUCAGUGUUGAGUACUGAAACGGAGUAAUUCGCAUGAAAGCCCUAGCAGUCUGGUAACUUGGAGGAUCUGACGAUCCAGUUGCAGCAGACAUGACUCCUCAUCAGGCAUGAUGGCACUUGCUAGGAGCAGCAACCACCCCAAGUAGAACUUGUCAUUCUUCUCUUAUUCACCCUGCCCAUGACCCGUAGAUAAUCCUGUUCCCUUAUAAAACCUCCGGAUGAAGGAAAGUGUUUAACAAACAUAUUUCAUAUAUGCUCAACACUAUUUUGGAGGGGGUGGUGGUAAGGUGAAUGGCCCUGCUUCCAGAGAUGCACUGUGUUGUCUUUUGAUGACAGCGGCACGGGUGGGGCCGAUGCUGGAUGGAUAACCAGCAACUACAGCUCAGCUUGGAGAAGAAAGGACUGGGGGGGUGAGGUAUGCCAUGGUCAGGGCAUUGUGCAGUUCACACGGGAACAAUAGCUAGAGCUGCAGGAGAGGAAAUGAACCUGAUAAAUGACUUUUUGCAAAGUAAGCUCCGUCUAUAGAGCUUUUCUGAAAUUUUGGUAUUGAUAAGAGCUUACUUUUAAUUAAAUUUUUAAAAUUUGGUCUUAGUCUAUUUUGCUGCGAUUUGCUGCUACACAAGAUAUUAGUAGUUCACAGAUGCUGCCGAGUAAGAUGCUGGGUCUGAAGUAAAGAGAAUUUAAUCUUUCUCUAGGUCAGAAACAUUUCAGAAGCACUUAAAACACAAAUCAAUAUACAAAAGCACUAUUAAAGGCUAGCGGGGAAGAAACUGAUAUCCUGUAACAGUUUUCAAUGUUCUGCAGAACUGGUGUUUGAAGAUCACUGUCCUCUUAAGACAUCCUGAAUACAAUUUUAGCUGAAUGGAACUAAAUGUUGCUAAGGGGAUAAUGGGGAUUGGUUUCACUUUCAAGUUUUUCUCUCUGGUGGAUGGCGCAGGAAGAUGCUUUGGUUCUUUUUGUUUGUUUGGUUACUCUAGCCACAUCAGGGUUUAUUUUUUUUUCUCAUUGCAAAGAUUUAAAUUUUUCAAAAAGGUAACAGCCUUAGCUAGAAAAACUGGCCAAAAAUAAUUUUAAAAGCCAUGACCUAGUUUAUCAGUCUAUUUAAGAAAAAAAUGUAAUUUCACUGGAAAAAAAUAAUGUAUUUGGGGACUGGGGCAACAUUUCAUUUAGCUCUUUAGCAUGCCUGUCUAAGGAAUUAUAUCAGGGGUUUAUUUUUAAAUGAUCACAAGAGCAAAAUAUGUUGAAUGUAAUAACUUGAAAGAAAUAUAAAGAAUAAAGACCUGUAAUCUACCA